AUGCAGGCAACUUCAAGCGCGACUACAGAGCCGGCGGGUGUAAAGUCGAAGAAAGUAUGGACAACUCUUAUUACCAAUACAGCAUAUCUCACCGGCCUCCUCACACUCGACUAUGCGCUCAAGAAGCACGGCUCCAAGUACCCCCUCAUCGCUCUCUACACGGACACUUUUCCUGAAGAAGGCCACAAGGCGCUUGAUGAGCGCAGCAUACCAAAGCAGCAUGUCAAGUACUUGCUGCCAAAGGUCUCAAAAGACUUCAGCAACGACCCGCGAUUCUACGAUUGCUGGAGCAAGCUGACGCCCUUCUCGCUGGAGGAGUAUGACAGGGUGGUCCAGCUGGACAGCGACAUGUUGGUGCUGAAGAAUAUGGAUGAGCUGAUGGACUUGGAGUUGGAUGCACCGAGUAUGGGUGGCAAGGGCGACAGGGUGUUUGCUGCAAGCCAUGCCUGCGUGUGCAAUCCGCUCAAGAAGCCGCAUUACCCCAAGGACUGGAUCCCCGAGAACUGCGCGUUUACAUCUCAACACUCCAACCCCGAUGCUGCCCAGAAAACUGGCGCACCCUCAACAGCCGGGCUGCGUAUGCCCAACGGCGGCCUCCAAGUCGUAAAUCCCUCACUCGCUACCUACAACCUGAUCCUCGAGCAGCUCUCCAACGAGACAUCGGGAAACUACGACUUCGCCGACCAAUCGCUGCUUGGCGACCUGUUCAACGGCCGAUGGGUCGCGCUACCCUAUACCUACAAUGCGCUGAAGACGUUGCGGUCAAAAGGUGUGCAUGAUGCGAUCUGGAGGGACGAAGAGGUCAAGAAUGUGCAUUACAUCUUAAGUCCGAAGCCGUGGGAUGAGGAGGCAGGGAAGUGCAGUCAGGAAAUACAUGAGUGGUGGUGGACGGUCAACAAUGAGAGGCGGCAGGCAGAGAAGAGCAAGGGUAUCGAUGAUGGGUUUUAG